AUGACGGCUGUGGCAUUCGACGCAGCGAAGCAUCUUGCUUACACCGACCGUCCCAAAGUAAUAUCGAUGAAAGACCUUGGCCUUCCAGAAGAUGUAGGCAUCUCACCUAGCGCAGUAUCUGAGCCAUUUUCCCUUUUUACAGAGGACGCUGUUCGCAUCAUGAGGGGAGAGGUCUUCACGAAGGAGGUGUGGGAUAACUGCUUGCAUAGUACGGCGUUCGCCAGCUGUCAAAUCAGAGGACAUUGUCCAAAGUACGCACCAUUUAUGUACGAUGCGUGGAAUGAUCCCAAAACGCUGUCAAUCGUCUCGGACAUCGCGGGCGUUGACCUUAUACCAAUGAUAGACUACGAUAUUGGCAAUUUCAACAUCUCCGUGCAAAAUGAAGGACAGGGCAAGGCAAAGCUUGCAAAUCAGUCGGACGAUGAUAUCCCGAUCACCAACUGGCACCAUGAUAGUUACCCAUUUGUCUGCGUUGUCAUGAUGUCUGAUGCAUCGAAGAUGGUUGGAGGCGAGACUGCUCUGAGGAAUGGAUCUGGUGAGAUCAUCAAAGUGCGUGGCCCUCAAAUGGGCUCUGCCGUCGUUCUUCAAGGUCGAUGCAUCUCACAUCAAGCUCUUGCUGCCGUUGGAGGUGGCGAACGCAUAACCAUGAUCACAUCUUUCCGGCCUCGAGAUCCCAUGAUUCGAGAUACUUCGGUGCUCACCAGCAUUCGCCCCAUCUCAGAGCCCUCAGAAUUAUACUUCCAGUGGUCGAAAUACAGGCUGGAGGUCCUACAAGGCCGUGUUCGCGCCAUGCUCCACGACCUCGAGGAAACACAUCACGAGAACAGGCCGACGGAUAUCAAGAAGAUUAAGCAGUUCCUGCAGCAACAAGAAGAAUGGAUGGCAGGUACGAACGCGGAGAUGGUGGUGACUGUGGACCUGUGA